AUGAACACGGCUCGGCGCGCAGCGUCGCAUACGCUUCGGAGAUCUCGCAACUCCGUAUUCUUUACAAGCUCGCGACGAUGUAAUUCAACAUUCGAGACCAGGCAAUGGUCGACGCCUCUUGCCAAAUCAUUGGCCCAUGCGAUGAAGGUUACAGGUCCGAUUCCAAUCGCAGCAUUUAUGCGCCAGGUCUUGACCUCCCCAGAAGACGGAUACUACACAUCACGACCCGACGUUUUCGGAAAACAUGGUGACUUUGUCACAUCUCCCGAGAUUUCUCAGGUGUUUGGCGAACUGGUUGGCAUUUGGACAAUUGCUGAAUGGAUGUCGCAAGGCCGAAAGAAGAGCGGCGUUCAGUUGAUGGAGGUUGGACCGGGUAAAGGAACCUUGAUGGAUGAUAUGUUGCGGACAUUCCGGAAUUUCAAAAGCUUCACUUCAAGCGUCGAGGCAAUUUACUUGGUGGAGGCGAGUGCUACACUGAGGGGGGUACAAAAAAAGCUUUUGUGUGGUGAAGCUGCCAUGGAGGAGACAGACAUUGGACAUCGGAGCACUUGCAAAUACUUUGACGUGCCCGUCAUCUGGGUGGAAGACAUCCGUCUUCUACCGCAUGAGGAAGGCAAGACACCCUUCAUCUUUGCACAUGAGUUCUUUGACGCACUUCCAAUCCAUGCAUUUGAGUCGGUUCCUCCUUCUCCCGAAAAUGAGCUCCCAGAACAAAAGGAGAUCAUGACCCCCACCGGGCCUCAGAAGCUUCACCAACCUCUCAAAGUCAAGAAUACUUCUCAAUGGCGCGAGUUACUCGUUACCUUGAACCCAAAAGCUGUGGAGGAAAACAUCGAAGGGGAGCCCGAGUUCCGGUUAACCAAAGCGAAGGCCUCCACACCGACAUCUCUUGUGAUUCCCGAGAUCUCUGAACGCUACCGCGUACUCAAGUCAAAGCCCGGCUCGACUAUUGAAGUCAGUCCUGAAAGUAGGAUUUACGCUGCUGAUUUCGCCCGUCGCAUCGGCGGAGAUGCCGCAUCUGCACCGUCAGCAACAAGGCAGACCGUCGACCCCAGUGUAACGCAGAAAAAGACACCAUCUGGUGCAGCUUUGAUCAUGGAUUACGGCACCAUGUCGACUAUUCCUAUUAACUCGCUACGUGGAAUCCAGCACCAUAAAAUUGUCCCUGCACUUUCGUUCCCCGGUCAGGUGGAUGUAAGUGCUGAUGUUGACUUCACUGCACUGGCUGAGGCUGCCAUUGAGGGUAGCGACGGCGUCGAGGUCCAUGGUCCUAUUGAGCAGGGCGAUUUCCUGAAUGCAAUGGGCAUUACAGAGCGCAUGGAGCAACUCAUUCGCAAAGCUGGAAAUGAUGAGCAUAAGAAGAUAUUGGAGACUGGAUGGAAGCGCUUAGUCGAGAAGAGUGGUGGCUCGAUGGGCCAGAUCUACAAGGUCAUGGCCAUUGUGCCGGAGAAUGACGGGAAGAGACGCCCUAUUGGGUUUGGAGGAGGCCUUCAGAUGUAA